GUUUGCUCCUCCCCGUAAAUGCCCAGCUGGCAUCACAUUCAAGGCCUCUAGGCUUAUCUCUCUCACUCGUCCCUUCCUUUACCUUUACUUUCCGAAGCAGUCAACAGCUUCUUCAGGCAGCCGCCAUCCACUCUAUAUAGCCCCCUCGGCCACCCACUUCCUCCCGACAUCAUCACUCCGCAACUUUGUCAGCACCCUCUCUCUGAAAACAACUCCUUGCAACAGCUCUACUAUCAACACUAUCAACAGUACCAACCAUGGGAGGCCGCCGCAACAUGCACACAUAUAAUCAGGAGGAGAUCGAUAGGCUCCAGGGUAUCCCACUUCCAGAGAAGAUCAGAUGUGGCCGCUGCCUCAAGAACCUCAAUAGCCAGGCCAAGUAUUCCGUCAAACAGCUCACAGAAGCGCGCGCACAGAUCAAGAACUUCGGCAGAAUGAACAAAGCCAUCAACUGUCGGAAGUGCAUGGGCGAGAAAGCCACUGAGAUCGAAUGCACAGUGUGCAACAAGACAAAGGGGUUGGAGGAGUUCGCUAAUUCUCAACGCAACAAGCCGGACACGGCGAGAUGCUUCAAAUGUACGGAUGAGCGCGUCAGCCAAGAGGCAAUCAACGACGAAAAGUACAAGGAUCCCAAGAACGCCUUCGUCACACCUGACCACUCUGGCGGCAACUACCCCGAGUACUUUUCUUCAGCCACGUCAACGACCGAUUCCUCUUCUACCUAUGGCGACAAGUCGUGGAACUCUGUCAACGGUGACCACGACAACGGUUCCAUAGCUUUAACACAAGGACUACAGGCUAUGUCCGUUUCGGGUUCUUCCAACGAGACGGCGGCCAACUCUGGAUACACGUAUCCUUCUGCCCGCGACUUCAAGAGCGGGGACGAUGGUAACUGGACGGAAGUCCGUACCAAAUCAUGGCACACAGAGUCUACUGGACCUGCGAGCACCAGCUCUGGUUUCAACUCCAACAGAUAUGGCAAGGCUCCGGCUACCUCCACCACCGGGCCCGCUCUCACUCUCGUUUCUGGUGGAGCCGAACGAUCCGAGACAUCUGAAUCUCGCCACAAUGGAUGGGCCAAGAAGAGUGAUAUCCCACGUGGAUCUUAUAACAUGGGGGUGUCGCUUGUAAGUUGUAACACUCAUAGAGACUGCCCUAUACUCGACAUCUAAUUUUUGGGUGAGAAAGGAGACAUUUAGCUAAUGAAGUUACAGCCACCAAUGGGACAUAACGAAGACGAAGUCGAUGGAUUCGACUAUUGGGUUGAGGAGGACGAGGAGGACGAGGAAGCAGCAAGCGACAGCGACAGCGACGACGACGACGACGACACCCAGAUCUAGCAGGCACAACUCCUACUUCUGGGGCUUAUCGUGGGUUCAGGUUGAAGUUUACGGCACACAAAGCAACCGACCAAAAGCGCAAGGUCCUUAAUGCGAAUGGAUUGCUAAAAAAAGUACUUCUGUUCAUGGGUCGGGUUUCCUUAUGCGAUGUAUCCCUUUUCAUUACGGCAUGGUGGGAUGAUUAUUUUUCUCCAAACAGCGAUAUCCAUUCCAAUAGCGCUCUGGCAUAGGGUCAAUUGAUAGCAUAGAUUAAGUCAUAUUCCUGUGGCGCAUGCGAG